UCGGCGCGUGAGGCGGUAACUUUCAUGUCUCCGGUCCACAUCUGGAAGAGGUUGCUCGCGCUGCUGCUCACUCUGAGAAGCGUUUCAGAGCACGACUGCGACUUCGACAUGUCUUUCGUAAAAGUGGAGGAGAAAAGCGACUUUUCGUAUCACAACUUGCCUUACGGGGUCUUCUCCACGCCGGAUAACGCCAGGCACAGAAUUGGCGUUGCCAUCGGAGACCAGGUUUUGGACCUCAGUGUCAUCAAGCAUCUUUUCGACGGACCGGCUCUUGGGCAUCGUCAGGAGGUUUUUGAACAGCCCACGCUCAAUGCUUUUAUGGCUCUGGGUUAUGAUGCUUGGAGGGAAGCAAGAAAGCGUCUCCAGAUGCUUCUGGCUGCGAACGAGUCUACGUUGCGUGAUGACGUCAGUUUAAGAAGCCGGGCGUUCGUUCAGCAGAGUGUGGCGGUGAUGCAUCUCCCAGCUGUGAUCGGCGACUACACAGACUUUUACUCAUCGAGAGAUCAUGCCACCAACGUUGGAAUAAUGUUCCGUGGAAAAGAAAAUGCCUUGAUGCCCAACUGGCUGAGACUGCCGGUGGGGUAUCAUGGGAGAGCUUCGUCCGUGGUCGUCUCUGGGACACCAAUCAGAAGACCUCAAGGACAGAUGAGACCAGACGCAGCUCGGCCGCCCGUCUUUGGAGCCAGCAAGCAGCUGGAUAUAGAGUUGGAGAUGGCGUUCUUUGUGGGAAAAGGGAACACGCUUGGAGAGCCCAUCCCGGUGCAGAAGGCUCACGAGCACAUCUUUGGCAUGGUGCUUAUGAACGACUGGAGCGCCCGGGAUAUCCAGGCUUGGGAGUAUGUUCCGUUAGGUCCGUUCCUGGGUAAAAACUUUGGGACCACCAUCUCACCCUGGGUUGUCCCAAUGGAAGCCCUGAUGCCCUUUGCUGAGCCCAAUCCGCUCCAGGACCCUGCUCCUCUCCCAUACCUGCGUCACGAUGACCCCUACACGUUCAACAUCAAGCUGUUCGUCGCUGUGAAAGGUGAGGGGAUGCGAGAGGCCACCACCAUUUGCAAGUCCAAUUUUAGGUACAUGUACUGGUCCAUGAAGCAGCAGCUGGCGCACCACACAGUCAACGGCUGUAACGUCAGACCGGGAGACCUGCUGGCAUCAGGCACCAUCAGCGGACCGGAUCCGGAGAGUUUCGGCUCGAUGCUGGAGCUCUCGUGGAGGGGAUCCAAGACUAUCGACCUCGGCGGCGGAGAGACGAGGACCUUCCUGAAGGACGGGGCGAGGUCACUCUCUCAGGUUACUGCGAGGCCGGGGGUCACAGAGUGGGCUUCGGUCGGUGCGAGGGGAAGAUCCUUCCUGCCCCGGGACAGUGAUGCAGUCUCCCUCCUGUAAGCCAGACGCAACCAGAAACACUUUUUACGCUCUCAAUCACAAUUCUGAGUGAAACGGGAUAUCGAGGAAGGUAUAAUGUGGGGUGGAAUUUGACUGUGUUCAUCUAGAUUGUGAAAAUUGGCCGGUAAAUGUCAUUCAAAGGAAAUUGUUUCUUCAGAUAACGCUUGUGAUCUUGAGAGAAUAUGUAGGUAAGGUGCCCCGUCUCUGCAGUUUAACCAGCUUUUGGAGAAAGUGCACACUUGAAUUGCUUUGUCAUUCUGUGUUACUGAAAAAAUCACUCAAUAAAGUUACUGAUUGCUUUUAAA